AUGGCCCUCCCUGAGAACGUUGCGCCCAGCUGCAGCGACGCAGAGCCACCCACCAAGCAGCCGCGCCUCGCGCCGGAGACCCCCGAGUCCUUCAGCGUGCAGCGCAUCAGUAGCAACGCCACCCUGCCAACUCGCGGCAGCGCCAAGGCCGCCGGAUACGACAUCUCCAGCGCCGAGGACUGCAUCAUCCCCGCGCGUGGCAAGCACUGUGUGUCGACCGGCCUCCGCAUUGCGGUGCCGGCCGGCACCUACGGCCGCGUCGCGCCGCGGUCGGGGCUGGCGGCGAAGCACUUCAUCGACACCGGGGCGGGCGUGGUGGACGAGGACUACCGGGGGGAGCUCAAGGUGCUGCUCUUCAACCACUCGGACGCCGACUUCGCGGUCCGCGUGGGGGACCGCAUAGCGCAGCUGGUGCUCGAGCGCAUCGCGACGCCGGAAGUCGAGGAGGUGACGUCACUCGACGACACAGAGCGCGGCGCCGGCGGCUUUGGCUCCACGGGCGUGGCCAAGCAGUGA